CAUUUGGCAAUGCAUUGCAUACAUGUGGAACACAUUUUCACUGUUUACACAAGUAAAAAAAUGUAAACAGAAUCCACCUUUUUAAUCCCUGUGCAAAUGACAAAAGGUGUGCGUGGCAGGGCGAGGACCGGACCACGUUUUGCUUCAGGCAGUAGCGGUCUAUCAUCGGCUCAGUCAAUGUCGUUAUCUACAUCAGAGCCGAAAACAAACGGUGGUAAAAACACCGGCGACGAGGAGCAAGGGGAAGGGAAAAUGGCGAUGAAUCCUGCCGCUGCUGGUGGUAAUGGCGGGGAAAAAUCACUGCUUCAAAAGUUCGUACAGAUUGCAGUCGUUGUGGCCGCUUAUUGGUUUAUCUCCAUUUCCCUGGUGUUCAUCAAUAAAUAUCUUCUGAGUAGCCAGGAUCUCAAGCUGGAUGCACCACUCUUUGUGACUUUCUUCCAAUGCAGCGUCACGGUCAUGAUUUGCGUAGUGCUAGGCAUUCUGGGAACUGUGGCGCCCUCUAUUGUCAGUUUUCCGGCAUUAAAAUUUGACUACAAGAUCACCAGAGAGGUGUUACCACUCUCUAUUGUCUUUGUUGGAAUGAUUACAAUGAACAACCUUUGUCUGAAAUAUGUCGGAGUGGCGUUCUACAACAUUGGGCGGUCCCUGACUACAGUAUUUAAUGUGAUGUUGUCCUACGUAUUUCUCAAGCAGACCACGUCUCUGAAGGCAAUCCUGUGCUGUUGUAUCAUCAUCCUAGGCUUUCUCCUAGGCGUUAACCAGGAGGAUAGUGCAGGUGUGUUGUCGUACAUCGGCGUCGUCUACGGUAUCUUGGCCAGCCUGUGCGUCAGCCUCAAUGCCAUCUUCACCAAGAAGACCCUCCCGUCCGUCGAGAACAACAUCUGGCGUCUCAUGUUCUACAACAACAUCAACGCCCUCCUGCUGUUCCUGCCGCUCCUCUACCUAACCGACGAGAUCACCGCCAUCCAGAAUUUCAACAACCUCCACAGCCCCCACUUCUGGGCGGUCAUGUCCGUAAGCGGACUCUUCGGUUUUCUGAUCGGCUACAUCACGGGGCUCCAGAUUAAAGUCACCAGCCCGUUGACGCACAACAUCAGCGGCACGGCCAAGGCCUGCGCCCAGACCAUCCUGGCCGUCGGCUACUUUCAGGACGUGAAGACUGCCCUCUGGUGGCUGAGUAAUUUCUUGGUUCUGGGCGGCUCGGCCCUCUACAGUCACGUCCGGAGGCAGGAGAUGACGAAAGAACACAAGGAGAAUCUGAAGGCCAUGGCAGAAGAUAGUAAAGCUAGUAACAGUUUGAAAUCGGGAAAGAUGAUUAGUGUCUAGAAGUGUCUGAUGCUCCAGAAAGCGGUAAAGCUACUUAGAAAAUGAAACAAAAUUUGAACCUCUGUGGACCUUGGAAUAUUAGCAUGGGUCUAACAGAUUACUUUUAUUGGUAAUCCUUUAGAAUAUUCACAUAUUUACUUUCAGGUUUCGAUAGUACAUGUACAUUAGAGCACUGCAACAACAAACAUGGGAUCUACAUGUACUAAAAAAAUGUUUAGGAGCGUUUUCACAUUCGCAUUGGUGUGAAAAAUGGUUUUAUUUAAAUCCUUGCUACCGGCUUGAAAA